AUGGGAAAUUGGAAAAGUAUUUUUGCAUUGUCUGUUAACAAUAAUAUGGCUUCUGCUAAAAUUGAAGUUGAGAAGCCUACAUAUGAUCGUUAUAUCUUAGAUGAAAAUAAUAUUUUCAUUCCGGAUCGAUAUUUGACACGAAUGGCCCACAAUGGUCUACUUGAAAAAUUUAUCGACUUAGUCGCUGCCGUUAAUAUAGAAACGGAAAAAAUGAAUUCCAUUUUAUUUAAAUUAAAACGUGGACAUGAGACAGCUUAUGAUGACGUCGACUUGAAGCGAUUUCAAAUCGACAAUGAUGAUGAACCAUGUAACAUGAAAACUUGCGACACAGACCCAUCAACAUCUGCUCUAGUUCAAUAUAAACACGAUGAAUUGGUACUUGACCGUACUUAUAACCUUAAGUCAUUUUAUGAUUGA